AUGGCAAUCACGGGGCGCGGGGCUGCGAGGCUGGCGCCCUCCGGGCGGCCGCAGGGGCCCCGGCGUCCGCAGCAGGAACUUCCGGGGGGGCCACGACGCGCUCCUCGACCCGGGCAGCACAGCAAAGACAAAAAGAAAGUGAACUGCAAGCCCAAGGACCAGGACGAGCAGGAGAUUCCUUUCCGGCUCCGAGAGAUUAUGAGGAGCCGCCAGCAGAUGAGAAACCCCAUCAGCAACAAGAGGAGGAGGAGAGAAGCCCAGGAGGCCUUCAAGAAGACGCUAGAAAAAGAGGCCCAGGGAGUGGAGCCCGAUAUCCCCGUCCCCAAGUUCAAGCGGAAGAAAUGGGAGUCGGAGGGGGCGUAUGUGCAGCGCAUGCAGCAGGAGGCCCAGCACGUGGUGUUCCUCAGUAAGAACCAGGCCCAGAGGCGGCCCGAGGCGCAGGCGGCCCCCGAAAGACAGAGGGAGAAGUCGGAAUGCAAGAAGGCGUUCAAGAAGCGGCAGCUGGACCGAGUUCGGCAGAGAAAGGAGGACAAGGCUGCCGACCAGCUGGAGCGGGAGCUGCUGCAAGACACGGUGAAGUUUGGGGAGGUGGCCCUGCAACCCCCAGAGCUGACUGCCAGGCCCAGGAAGAGUGCAGGUGGGGGACAGCCAGGUAAGAAGUCGCUGGCUCUGAAGAGGUUCUUGUGCCCUGCCAGUGAGUCCCAGCCCCUGAGCACCUCUCUGGCCCGGCAGCGGAUCGUGGGCGAGGAGAGAGAGCGGGUGGUGCAGGCCUACCGCGCUCUGAAGAAGCUAAAGUAGCAACAGCAGAGCCCUCCGUCACCCUGACUCCCUCCAGAAGCCAGGGUGUGUCUAUGGACAGAGCCGUGGGCCAGGCGCCAGUCUGCAUGGAGGGCCCUCUGACACUCACAGCCCUUCCAGACUCGAGUGGACAGAGAACUGGGACGUGAAGAGGGUUUGCUGGGCCAGAAAUGGGGGCAGAGACUGGCAGCACCUGGGUACACCUGCUCAUCUCUAGCUUCCCUCUAGGACAGUGCUCAACCUGUGGGUCACAACCCCUUUGGGAGUCAAACAGCCCUUUCACAGGGAUCGCCCAAUUCAUAAC